GUGUGUUUCUCUGUACACACAGUAUUAUACACACUGAAUGUAAUUUUGUUGUUGUUUUUAUUAGCUGUCUUCGUGAUCUACAAGUUCACUCUUUGCAGCAACAAAAAGCACUAUUAAACUGCAUGACCGUUUUUUUUUUUUUUUUUUUCAACAUAAGAUACGAUACGGUACGAAAUUCUUCUAUUUUCGCCGUACCUGAAUCUUACCGUAGCGUACUCUGACGAGAAUAUCGUACCGCAAUCUCAUACACCUGUAUAGUUCCUUUUACCUCUACGGGGGUGGGCUUGGGGAGAGGGGGGGGGGGAAUCAGUAUCACAACAGUCUCUGUGAUAGCCGGGUGUGACGGAUAAACGAUCACUAGUUUGUGCUCUGUCAUGAAAUCUGAAGCGCAAUUGCAGACAAUGGCGGAAGUGUUUUGUGUGCCCAGUUGUUCUUGGCGGAUGGGCAGUCGGUUCUUCGCCAAGCUGUUCGUUCUCUUCGUAGUUUUUAACAGUAUUUGGAUCAUCUACCCGUCUGUGGUUCAGUGGAGGGAAGCCUUGUCGUAUGGCAAGUUCAACAGAACCGACAACGGGUCGCCUCAAAGGCCCCUCUCUGAGCAGCGCGCGGCGGGCGAGGGCGGGGCGAGGGGGAUGGAAUGGUGGCAGAAACAACUAUGCAAAUCAGUUUUCAUCGAACAACCUGAGGAUUCGAAGAUGAUGGAUUUGCUGAUGCUUUCCAGAGACAUCGCGCCCAAUGCAAGCGAUUAUAACGUGUACCUCGCUGAGACAGGCUGCAACCCACGCCCACUGUACAGAGCGUGGUGUUCCGUCGAGAGCUUCGCACUCCAGAACCCGACGGCGAAAGUGUGGUAUCUGAUCACCUCCCCGCAAGUAGACGACACCGACGCUCUCGUCACGAACCUCAGAAAGCGUUAUGGCAACCUGAACGUCGUGGGGGCCGAUCUCGACAAGAUGUUCACCGGAACGCCCGUCGAGAAAAUAUUCAAGUCGGGCAAGUGGGCGCGCAACACGCCCUGGCCGGCGAACAACAUCUCCAAUCUCCUGCGGAAUGUAGUGCUAUGGCUGUGGGGCGGGAUGAAUGACACCGAUGAUCUGCGUCAGGGAAGUCACGAACCCCACAACGUUGGCCACGAUGAGGGCGGGCAACGCCAACAAAGCCAUCAUGCAUUUGACGCACAAAACCAUUUACUUCGCGUGAUGAGGUCUGAAAAACACUUCCCAACCACCUCUCUCUCCCAGGUGUCCAAGUGGCAUGUGAACGGGCCGGGUACAGCCACGGCCGUUACGAAGCAAGUGUGCAAUGCCACGAAUAUGAAUGACAUCUUCAUUAAAAACUGCAGUGACGUGACCCUCCUUCCGUUAAGGAGUUUGCAGAUAGUUCGGUGGAACGAGUGGAAAGCAUUCUUCAAGGGUGAACCAGAAAAAUUCAUAGAGACACACAAAGACGGUUAUAUUAUGCAUAUGUACAACAAACUCAGCAAGGAAACACCCAUUAAAAUAGGUUCUAAAAACGUCUAUGAUCACAUUUCUAAAACCUUUUGUCCUGUCACUUAUAUUGCUGCCAAGCGUAGAGCAUUUUACUUCUAGUCUGUUUUAAUGUUAGUUUGUUUUUUGUAUCAUAUUUUGUAAAGCAUUUUCCCAGAUGUGAAAUGCCCUUUUUAAGAAUAAUAAAUUUAAUAACAUUUAA